UGGCAGUGGACUUUGACAGCAGUACCUGGGGAGUGGCAGAUGGGUCCGGCAGCCUCCGAGCAGGCCACUAAAACCAUUGGGGACUUCACUGCCUCUCUCACCUUGAAGUAGAGAGGAUUUUGCUGGUGAGCUUGGGAUGGACCCCUGGGCCCCUGCCUGGCCACCCCAGCCCUGGGAGAGGCAGGUGACCCGGGGAGAGCGCAGAGAGGCUCCCCAUGGCCCUCCACCACAGCCACGGCGGCAGCUGCUCCGUGCAGGACACCAACCUGGCUCCUGGGAUGGGGGCCAUCGUGCCCAGUGGGAUGCCUCCAGACCGUCUUCGAGGGUUGGGUACCACGGGAGCAGCUACCCUGACAGGCCAUACUCCAGGCAAGGAUAUGAAGACCCCCGCUGGCAGUACCCAGCAGCCAGCUACAGGGAUGACUACACCUACCAAAGCCACCAGCGGCAGCCGGUGGCCUGGCAGGAUGACAGAGAUCUGAGACAGGGAGAGCCUUACAGCAAGAGUACCGGUUACCGGGACCAGCACUACUACAGGGGUUACCACCCCAACCUGGCCACCAACCCCUCGGGGCAGGACAGAACACAGACCUACGACUCCUACAAGGAGAGAUAUGCCACAGCUGCCUGGCCUGAAUGGGCAGAAGGAGGAACCCUCAGCAGCAGCACGGGGGAGGCUGGUGGCCAGCCCCAAGAGCCCUCGGUGCAGCCCAGUCUGCUCCUGCAGUACCGCGAGUCGGGGCUCAGCUCCAGCAGCUACGAGCUCAGUCAGUACAUCCGUGAUGGUGCUGACCACUGUGACCCUGCGCUUCCAGGGACCUGGAGCCCUGCACAAGCAGAGGGACCUUCAGUAUGCACCCCAGCGCCGGUGGUACCCCACAAGUUCCCGCUGCCACACGUGGCAGUGUGUUUUGGAGCUGGAGGCCAGCUGGUGUUGGUGUGUCCCCGUCGCCCUGCUGAGGGGCAGCUGGCCCACGUCAAGCUACACAGCCUGGAGGUAAUCCUUCAAGGCACGAAAGAUCUGGAGGAGCUACAGGCCUUCCCGGGGCCUCUGGCCAGAGAGGAUCUGCACAAGAUGGAUGUGCUGACAUUUUGCCAACAGAAGAUAGCCACGAGCUGUGAUCUCUCAACACAAAGAGGCAGAGAUUCAGCUCUUCUCUGGAAACUCCUGGUCCUCCUCUGCCGGCAGAAUGGGUCCAUGAUGGGCUCGGACACGGCUGAGCUGCUGAUGCAAGACUACAGGUGCCAGGAGAAGUACAAGAGGCAGAGACCCGCGUCAAACCUGAUUGGCCUGACAGAUGAUGAGCUGAUGUCGUGUCAACCAGGGACGCUGGACCUCAUUACAGGGGAGGUCUCUCCCGUUGUGGAGACGCAAGCACAGAUAGUGGAGAAGUUCACCAAGCUCCUCUACUAUGGCAGGAAGAAAGACGCGCUGGUGUGGGCCAUGAGAAACGAGCUGUGGGGCCAUGCUCUCUUCCUCUCCAGCAAGAUGGACCCUCGGACCUACAGCUGGGUGCUCACUGGGUUCACUAGCACGCUGGCCACCAACGACCCCCUGCAGACCCUCUUCCAGCUCAUGUCAGGAAGGAUCCCCCAGGCAGCUCUGUGCUGCGGGAAUGCUACAUGGGGAGACUGGAGGCCUCACCUGGCCGCGAUGUUGUCCAACAAGGCUGGAGACAUGGAGCUGUGCCACCGGGCCAUCGUCACCAUGGGAGACACUCUGGCUCGCAAUGGAGCCGUUGAAGCAGCUCAUUUCUGCUACCUUAUGGCAGACGUCCCUUUUGGUUACUUUGGGGUGAAAGCAGACCGUAUGGUCCUUCUGGGCAGUAGCCACCGUCAGGCGUUUGCCCAGUUUGCCAGGACAGAGGCUAUCCAGCGGAUGGAAAUCUUUGAGUACUGCCAGCAGCUACGACAGCCCAAAUCCUUCCUGCUCCACUUCCAGGUGUACAAGCUCCUCUACGCCUCCCACUUGGCCGACCAUGGGCUCCCAGCCCUAGCCCUGCAAUACUGUGAACAGAUUGCCACCGUGCUCCUGGGUCAGGAUCUGGCCAGCCACCCUGUCCUGGCUCAGCAAGUGAUGAAGCUAGCCGAGCGGCUGAAGCUCUCUGACCCGCUGCUCCUGGAGAUGCCAGAACAGGACCAGACGCUGGAGCCCGACUGGCUGGUACAGCUCCGAGCCUGCUGCCAGGAAUGGGAGGUAGAAGAUAACCUUCCUCCAGAGGUGGCACCCGUUCAGCCAGGGCUCUCCUGGGCUGCUGCAUCGAUGGCAGAUGGAGAACCUGGCCAUGAGCUUCCACAGAGUGAAGGCUACCAGUGGUACCAGCCCAUGCCACCUCAGAGACCCAGCUCCCGUGAGGAUAUGUCCCUGUGGUCUCCAGCAUCUGCUCAGGUCUUGGAGUCACCACCACUCGGUGUUGGGCAAGAGCUGCAGCCCCCCCCAUGCAGCCCCAGGAUGGAUUUUGCUGAGCCUUCUCCACAACCAGUGCCACCAGCAGGAGAUGCUGAGGAUCCCCAGGGCACCUUGCUGUCCCCUGAGGGGGUGCAGCCCACCCUCCCAGCAGAGCAGGACGGGUUAAAGGCAAGGGCUCGGACUGUCUCAGAGAGCUCCACCGUCUCCUUGGAAGAUGACAGCCAACAUUCCUCAGAGACCACCGUUGAUGAUACUGCUGAAGAGCUGGCAUCGUCAGAAGAGGUGACGCCGGAUGAGGACAAGAGCUCUGGAUUCAGGUGGUUUGGCUGGUUUCGUUCGAAGCCCACCAAGGAAACCUCUCCCAAAGCUGUGUCUGAGGCAGACCCAGACUCCCCCACGCUGGAACUGCAGGAACAGACGUUGCCAUCCACACCUGAUACCCCUCUUGCUGCUUGGACAAGCCCUCUGGCUCAGCCUCCAUCCAGAAACCCUGGUGAAAAUACCUUUCCCGCUACUCCAGUGUCCAUUGAGAUGAAAGGCCUGUGGGAUGCAGACAGGGAGUCAGCAGGAGAGCAGACCGGCUCACACAAGCCUCCCCCACCCAUAGGGACAAUACCCCUCUUCAACCCAGCGCAGGUCUCUCAGCUCGCUGCUGCUGCUCGACCCAGCCAACCCAAGCUGCUUUCCCAGCGCCGCUACCCCAACCUGCUGUGAGCGGAGAGCAGGAACGGGUGGCAGAAACCAAC